AGCCAGGGUUUGGUCUCCUGGCCGAGAGGUGCCCGCUCAGCACGGAGCUGUCCCCUGUCGCUGCAGCACCACCACAGCUCCCUGUGGGGCCGCUGGGGCCGUGCCCGGGAUGGGCCCCGCGUCCCCCCCACCCUGACCCCCUCCUGCCCACAGUCAGGACUCUACGACGGGGAUUUCUUCGACGGCGGCUGGUGCGCGGGGCAGGAGGACAAGGAGCAGUGGCUGGAGAUCGACGCCCGCCGGCUGACCAACUUCACCGGGGUCAUCACGCAGGGGCUCAACUCCAUCUGGACGUACGACUGGGUGACCUCCUACAAGGUCCAGUUCAGCAAUGACACGCACACGUGGCAGCCGUGCCGCAACGGCACCGAGGAGGCGGUCUUCCCGGGGAACAAGGACCCCGAGACGCCGGUGCUCAACCUGCUGCCCUCACCGGUGGUGGCCCGCUACAUCCGCAUCAACCCGCAGACCUGGUUCGAGAACGGCACCAUCUGCCUGCGGGCGGAGGUCCUGGGCUGCCCCCUGCCAGACCCAAACAACAUCUACUACUGGCCCAGCGACCCCGUGCCCACGGACAAGCUGGAUUUCCGGCAUCACAACUACAAGGAGAUGAGAAAGCUGAUGAAGCGGGUGAACGACGAGUGCCCCAACAUCACCCGCGUCUACAGCAUCGGGAAGAGCUACCUGGGCCUCAAGAUGUACGUCAUGGAGAUCUCCGACAACCCCGGGCAGCACGAAGUGGGUGAGCCCGAGUUCCGCUACGUGGCGGGGAUGCACGGCAACGAGGUGCUGGGCCGGGAGCUGCUGCUCAACCUGAUGGAGUACCUGUGCCGCGAGUUCCGCCGCGGCAACCCCCGCGUGGUGCGGCUGGUCACCGACACCCGCAUCCACCUCCUGCCCUCCAUGAACCCCGACGGCUACGAGACCGCCUACAAGCUGGGCUCCGAGCUGUCGGGCUGGGCCAUGGGCCGCUGGACCUACGAAGGCAUCGACCUCAACCACAACUUCGCCGACCUCAACACGGCGCUGUGGGACGCCGAGGACAACGACCUGGUGCCCCACGAGUUCCCCAACCACUACAUCCCCAUCCCCGAGUACUACACCUUCGCGAACGCCACGGUGGCCCCCGAGACGCGGGCGGUGAUCGACUGGAUGCAGCGGUACCCCUUCGUGCUGAGCGCCAACCUGCACGGCGGGGAGCUGGUGGUCACCUACCCCUUCGACAUGACCCGCACCUACUGGAAGGCGCAGGAGCUGACGCCCACGGCCGACGACGGCGUCUUCCGCUGGCUGGCCACCGUCUACGCCACCUCCAACCUGGCCAUGGCCAGCGAGGAGCGCCGCCUCUGCCACUACGACGACUUCAUGCGCUCCGGCAACAUCAUCAACGGGGCCAACUGGCACACGGUGCCCGGCAGCAUGAACGACUUCAGCUACCUGCACACCAACUGCUUCGAGAUCACGGUGGAGCUCUCCUGCGACAAGUUCCCGCACGCCUCCGAGCUGCCGGCCGAGUGGGAGAACAACCGCGAGUCCCUGCUGCUCUACAUGGAGCAGGUGCGGCACAGGGGCACCCCCGGCCCCAGGGGUCCCACCGACACCAAGGGGCUG